AGAAAAGAAACAUUGAACACAAAUCACACACUAGUGUUUUUACUAGUAUAUUUACUACUGUUUGGUCUUCUUCUAAAGUCCCAACUCCCCUUUUGUUGCCGAGUCCAUUGCACCGUUUAAAGAAUUCUCUCCGCCUCAUCUCUCUCUCUCUUGAUUUAUGGCCGAAGGCAGUGGACUCUCCAUUGAUUUAGAUCCCAAUUCCUUCUUUCUUCACAAGCCAACUGUCCUCAAUUCUUUCCCUGAAGAAACUAAAGACAACAAUAUUGUUAACAACAAGAAUUCCAAGCGCAGCAGCAAAGUCUUUUUCCCUACUACUCCUCUCAUGGAUGCCACAACAGCAAGCAGGUCUUCUCCACCCACCAUUCAGUUCCCUGUUAACCUCAACUGCUCCCUUGAUCAACACACUUCUCUUCCCUCCGAUGAUCAUAAACGCACGGUCAUGGGAGAGAUGGACUUUUUCGCACAAAAGAAUAAUAAACUUGUUGAUGCUGAUGAUGAUGGUGAUGCCAAUCCCAUCCACACCUCCGAUGCCGACGUCAAAGGCUCCACCGAGCGAACUGCUCUUGAGCUUAACGUUAACACUGGUCUGAAUCUGUUAACUACAAACACUAGCAGCGAUCAAUCAACAGUGGAUGACGGGAUAUCCUCAAACAUGGAAGAUAAAAGAGCUAAAAGAGCUAAAAAUGAGCUAGCUGUUUUACAAGCUGAGCUGGAACGAAUGAUGGAGGAGAAUCAACGGUUAAGGGAGACGUUAAGCCAGGUAACUAGCAACUACAACGCAGUACAGAUGCAUCUGGUCACCCUGAUGCAGCAACAGCAUGAUGGAAAAGCUGAAAAAGCUGAAGAACAAGAUCCGAUGAUGGAGGAAAAAUCAGAACAAAAGAAACCAAAUGGAGGAGUAAUAGUGCCAAGACAGUUUAUGGAUCUUGGUCUAGCCGCUGCUGCUGCAGCUGAUGCUGAUGAACCUUCGCUGUCUUCGUCCGAAGGGAGGAGUCACGACCGCUCAGGAUCGCCUCAUAAUAACACGGAGGUAGCUUCCAAGGAAUUUGGAUUGAGGAAGAGUGGAAAUAGUGAAGAAGGGAGGGGAACCGGCAGAGAGGAUAGCCCGGAUCAGGGAUCCCAAGGUUGGGGUGCUAAUAAGGUUCCAAGAUUUAAUUCUUCAAAAAAUGUUGAUCAAACUGAGGCUACCAUGAGGAAGGCACGAGUUUCUGUUAGAGCUAGAUCAGAGGCGCCUAUGAUCACUGAUGGAUGCCAAUGGAGAAAGUAUGGACAGAAAAUGGCCAAGGGAAAUCCAUGUCCUCGAGCAUAUUAUCGAUGUACCAUGGCUGCUGGUUGCCCAGUUAGAAAACAGGUACAAAGAUGUGCAGAAGAUCGAACAAUCCUCAUCACCACAUAUGAAGGCAAUCACAACCACCCUUUGCCUCCAGCUGCAAUGGCAAUGGCAUCCACCACCUCAUCGGCAGCACGAAUGCUACUAUCAGGUUCCAUGUCCAGUGCUGAUGGAUUAAUGAACUCGAAUUUCCUCACAAGAACUCUCCUGCCAUGCUCCUCUAGCAUGGCUACGAUAUCAGCUUCAGCCCCAUUCCCCACCGUCACCUUGGACCUAACACAGACCCCAAGCCCUUUACAAUUCCCAAGGCUACCAGGACAAUUCCAGGUCCCAUUUCCAAAUCCACCGCACAAUCUUGCCAACUCCCCAGCUGCAUUGCUGCCUCAAAUUUUUGGUCAGGCACUUUACAACCAAUCCAAAUUUUCUGGUCUCCAGAUGUCUCAGGAUAUGGAACAGCCUCAAUCGGGUCAGCAACUCCCACAGGGCCAGCAAAAUUCACUGGCUGAUACUGUAAGCGCAGCCACUGCUGCCAUUGCAGCUGACCCUAACUUCACCGCAGCUCUAGCAGCAGCAAUCACCUCUAUUAUUGGGAGUUCUCACCCCAACAACGUUCCUAAUAAUAAUGCCACCAACUUCACAUCUGCCACCAACAGCAGUGGCAAUGUCACCACUACUAGCAACAGCAACAGCAAUGGCAACAAUAAAAUCAGCAAUUCCAGUUUUGCUGCAAAUUAGAAGAAAUUAAGAUCAUAACCUUCUGUUCUUUAUUUUUUUGGAGGAAGAAGGGCACUUUUUUCUUUUAUUCCUUUCUUUUUGAUCAGGGAAAAACUGCAAAUUAUACAUAUGUCUAGCUAUUUUGCUUUUUGAGGAUGGGGUAGAAGUAAACCAUCAGAUUUUGGGUAUUCUUUUGUUAGCUGAAUAACUUUGUUCCAACUUGUAUGUCAAUGUAAAGUCAAGAAAAAGAUUAAAAAAGAGAUUUAAAGAGAAAGGGAAGAACAAACACUGAUUAUAUUAUUACUACUUAGUAGUA